AUGGCGCCGGGGACUGGACGCGGGGGCUGCCUGUUGUUGGAGGUGGUGGCUGCCCUGACCCAGCUCAUGAGGCCCCCUGGUUGCUGUGGAUCCCAGAUUAUCGGGGGCCAUGAAGUGGAACCACAUUCCCGGCCCUACAUGGCCUCUGUGAGUUUCCAGGGCCACCACCGCUGCGGAGGCUUUCUGCUCCAUGUCCGCUGGGUGGUGUCAGCUGCCCACUGCUUCAGAGACAGGGACCCCUCCACUGGCCUGGUGGUGCUUGGGGCCCAUGCACUGCUCAAAGCAGAGCCCACACGACAGGUGUUCAGCAUUGCAGCUCUUGUCCAGCAUCCCAGUUACCAGCCUGGCACACAGGCCAACGACAUCUGCCUGUUAAGGCUGAAUGGCUCAGCUGUCCUGGGCCCUGCUGUAGGGCUAUUGCGCCUGCCACGGAGAGGUGCCAGGCCACCCUUGGCCGGGACGCGUUGCCGUGUAUCCGGCUGGGGCUUCAUGUCUGACUUUGAGGAACCUCCACCAGGGCUGAUGGAAGUCGAGGUGCGCGUGCUGGACCUGAGUGUCUGCAACAGCUCAUGGCAGGGCCAGCUGCGUCCUGCCAUGCUCUGCACCUGCAGUGGGGACCGCCGGUGGCGAGGUUUCUGCUCGGCCUCUGGUGUGGUGACCCCAAGACCCCGGAUGUCUACACUCAAGUGUCAGCUUUUGUGGCCUGGAUCUGGGAUGUGGUUCGGAGAAGUUCCUCCCCUUGCUCUAUGGGAUGCUCUGUGAGGGAUGUUUGAAUCUCAGCCCCCUACUGAGAUUGAAUGGCAACCUGUGUCCACUGGCUAGGGUCUGGAAAUGUUCCAUGGCUUG